AUGUCAUUAAAUAUAAACGAUUUUAAGCACAAAUGCUAUGAAUUGUGUCGCAACUAUUUGGCCGAUAUUUGGCUAACAGUGGGUAUCGAUGACAUUGAGGUCAGACGUUUGACCGGUGGGUUCACUAAUCAAUUAUACUAUUGUGCUAUCAAUGAUAUACACCGUACCAGUGAUGCCAGUGCUCCGCAAGAGGUUGUCAUCAAAUUAUAUCUAACAAAACAAUUCAAAGAAAAUGAGAGAACUAAUGAUACAAUUAUCGGUUUAUUGGUCUCUGAGUUGGGUUUGGGUCCCAAACUGUACGGUGUGUUUACUGAUGGACAGAUUCAACAAUAUUACCAGCACAAAAGAUUCACUAAAGACCAACAGUCCGAUGAAAAACUGGUCAAAGAAUUGGCUGAAAAGUUGGCCAGAAUUCAUGCAAUGGAUGUACCCAUCAGUAAGACAAACAACUGGUUGUUCAAGUAUUUCGAUGACAACUAUCGCGCGGCUAAUAAGUCAUUUGAUAUACCGGUGCUGAUCGACGAAAGCAAUUGUGAAACACUUAAGACAUACGAUUUAUAUGAAGAGUUGUGUUGGCUUAAGGAUCAGAUUCGUUCAAUAGAUUCGCCGAUUAACUUCACUCACGUAGACUUUCGUGGCGGUAAUAUUAUGGUUACCGAAAAUGAUGGCAUAGUUUUGUGCGAUUUCGAGUAUUCCUGUUAUGGCUAUCGGGGCUAUGAUUUUGGGACAAUAUUUCUUGAGUGGGGACAGGAGUAUUGGGCCAAUAGAAAGGACGGCCAGACGUCUGAAUAUAGUUAUGAUCAACGGAUACUGUCGUUCCUCGAGUUGUAUAACUCGGAGUCGACUAAACUAUUGGGCGAUAAGUUUGCAAAAGACCAGCGAAAUGAUGUCAAACGUAUGGUUAAAGAAGUGAAACUGUUUUCAUUAGUCGGACUAAUGUUUCUCUUAUUAUACUUUUAUAAAAGGGAACAAAUGGCAUUUGCUGAGAGAUCC